AUGAAGUUAGUUGUAUGUGUUAUCGUUGAUCAAAAUCUUGAAGCUAUACUUCUCAAUGAACAAACGCCUAAUCGGGGAUAUUGGUUUCCAUAUGAUGAAGUAAAAACCGGUGAAACACGUACUCUUGCAGCUCAACGAAUAGCGAAUAAAAUUUGUCCAUCUGACAUCGAAUUGUUAUCUGUCUUGAAAGUCCGUUGUGGAGAUGUCUUGCCGUAUUUACCUAACAUCCAAACAUUUUAUCUGUUCAAAAAAUUAGUGAAUGGCAGCAAACCGCAAGGUAAUAAUUCAUUGUGGAUGACUGUUGAUCAAAUGAAACUUGCUGUUCGAAAUCUGGAAUUACUUGGUCUUGAACCAUAUACAAUCUUUCAAAAUAUUCUUGAACGACAACGAGCACAUGGUUGGAAUGAUCUUACAAUUGGCAGAGAUCUUUUCGAAGAGCCCUUUCUUCAAUUUAUCGAAUGCAAACAGCUUGAUUCAAACAAUCAACCAGCCGGCACACCUCAAGAACAGUUGAUUAGUUCGGCGAAGUUUGAUAAUAAAAUUCAAGAGCGUGUCUUUAAAGAAUUCUACUCCUAUACAUAUCCAAGCGAAUACAUGAGUUUGCGAACUUUCUCCGAAAUAAUGGACAACAAGCUGAGCACCAUUGAAAAAACGAAAAUGCAAGCCUACUUUCGUGCUUUCGAUACUCAACAGAACAGUUACCUAACAUAUACCGAGUAUUUAUUAGGGUUAGCUGCAAUGGAUCCAAAUACUUCGCAUGGAGGUACUCCGGCUGAACUACGUUGUCGAUAUAUCUUUCGUUUUUAUAAUAUCAAAAAUAAUGGACAUUUGUCCAUCGAAGAAUUUCGAGAUCUUCACGGCAAUGUGCAAAAUUUGAAAGCAGGAAAACCAAAUGGGGAUCUUCCAGCUUACAGUGAAGUUCUACCAGUAUUCAAUUCGUUCAAUUUGCAAGAAAAUAGUUAUUUAACGCUAAAUGAUUUUCUAAGUUCUGUCGGCCAACUGAAAUAUCGUGGCACAUCUGUUCUAUUCCGUCUUCCUACUUAUACGAAAGAUUUAUUACGUGUGAAUAAAAGAUUCACAAACAUAAAAGGCGAUAAUCAAUACGACGAAAACCACAACGAGAUUAAUUAUGAAAUAGCUGAUCAUUGUGUAACCUUGAAAAAGUCGGGUUUACUUCAUCGAGUGGAGUCCUUACGUACAAUGAGUUAUAACGCUCAAUUCAGCACGACAACCGAAGAAGCAAUGAAAAAUUUGCCAAGAUCAUCGUCGGAAGAAAUAUUCGAUUGCAGAACAAUCGCGACUGAUAUUCAAGAAAUGUUGCGUACAUUUGAGAAGGCGGACCUGACUAAGGAGGCGUUUACAUGGCCAUCGAAUGCAAUCAGCACUUUAGGUCGAUCGAUACUAACUCUCUGUCGCGAAGUUCGCGAAAUCAUCAGAUGUGAAGCACGUUGUUUGAAAUUGUCAUCUCCAUGUUAUAUCUUGGGUGAUAUACAUGGCAACUAUCAAGAUUUACUCUGCUUUGAGAAGUGUUUAUGGCGUGCGACACCGUUGCUUUCACCAGCAUCGUUUCUUUUCCUUGGUGAUUACGUUGAUCGGGGAAUUUACGGAUUAGAAGUGAUUAUGUAUUUAUUGGCAACAAAAUUGCAAUGUCCAAAGAAAGUCUAUCUUCUUCGAGGAAAUCACGAAAUCAGAAAAAUCCAACAAGUCUUUAGUUUUUAUAAAGAAUGCUUGACGAAGUUUGGCGAAAUUCUUGGUAAAGAAGUAUGGGAAGGAAUCAAUUCGGUUUUUGACGUUCUCCCAUUUGCCGCUGUUAUUGACGAUAAAAUUCUAUGUUUACAUGGCGGAAUUCCUAGUCCGAAUUCAUGUCCAGAUGAUUUUGUAUCUAUGGUUAAUGAUAUACCAGUACCACUGAGUGAACCGGAAAUCGGUUCACAAUUAGCAUGGGAAAUUAUGUGGAAUGAUCCAUUUUCCCUGGACACGAACACAGCGACUCAGUUACCAAUGAAUAUGGUCAAUGGAUUUUUCAAUAAUACCAGAAGAAGUACAGGAAAAUAUUUCACAAACGAAGCAUUGGUGACGUUCUUAGAGAAAAAUAACUUUACUCAUGUAAUUCGCGCACACGAAGUUCAACAAGUUGGUUUUAAGGUGCAAUUGGGCGGCCGUCUUCUAACAGUAUUUUCCUCGUCACACUACUGCGGUGGUACAAAUGAAGCAGCAACUGUGUUUGUUGACUCAUUUAAACUACGACUGAUUCGACUUGAUGCACGAUAA